AUGCCCGCCUCAAACGAGAUCACACCCGAGGGAGGCGGCUAUUUCAUCCAUUCGUUCAAAAGUCGUAAGUCUCGAAGGGAGAGGAAUGAUUCUCUUUUGCCGGGGCCCAGGCAGGGCUCCCCAACCCUCAAAGAACGGCAGCCUAACCUAUCCCUCCCAACCCCCGCAGCCUCAGUCUCAGGCCUCCCCCUCCGCCUCCUAACCCACCUGAUCGAAUACCUCGGCUCCUUCGGCAUCGCCCGCAAAAUCGCGCGCGACAGUAACCUCUUCUACCUGCGCGACAAGCACCUGUUGGACGCGCCGACUUAUUAUCCGUUGGUUGAGUAUGAGGGGGAGGAGGAGGACGAGAUUGGGGAGAAGGGGUUGAGGGACGUUGCCGCCCCUGCGGGGGGUGUGAGGGUGGGGGGGAGGGUGUUUAGGUCUGUGGGGGAUUUUGUGAGGGCUUAUGAGAGGGGGGUGUCGGUUAUUGAGGUCGCCGAAGCGGUCCUCAAAGCCAUCGAGGCGAGCAAUGACGACGCAAACGGGUUGCCGCUGCUGGCCAUCAUCAAGUCGCAGCGGGAAGAUGUUUUGGAGCAAGCUCGUGCUUCUCAAGAGCGACAUGCCGCGGGCAAAACGUUGUCAGUUCUGGAUGGUGUCCCUGUCGCGGUGAAAGAUGAACUCGACACCCUUCCCUACGAAACCAACGUGGGAACGUCCAUAAUAUCCAUCAACCCAACCCGCGACGCCUUCUGCAUCUCAAAACUCCGACAAGCCGGCGCGCUAAUCAUCGGCAAGGCCAACAUGCAUGAAAUCGGACUGGACGUGACGAACUGUAAUCCGACGACGGGCACCGCGCGGAACCCGUAUAAUGUGCACCAUUUCCCGGGGGGGUCGUCGGGUGGGUCCGCGGCGGCUGUCGCUGCGGGGUUGUGUCCCAUUGCUGUUGGGUGCGAUGGAGGAGGCUCGAUCCGGAUCCCUGCCGCGUACUGUGGCCUGUUCGGUCUCAAACCCACUACGGGUCGGAUCAGCGAGACGGGCGCGUUCCCGCUAGCUCCGACCGUUGCCGUUGCUGGGCCUAUCGCGGCGACUGCCGCUGAUCUUGCUAUUGGGUACGCCCUCAUGGCCGGACCCGAUUCUGAGGACGUCAACACGAUUCGGCAACCUGUCGCACAUCUGAAAGGUUUCGCUGAAGUUUCGUCGCUGAAGGGCCUGAAGAUUGGCGUCUACACGCCGUACUUUGAGGAUGCCGACCCGGCGAUUGUCAAGGCGUGCCGAGAGAUGCUUGCUGAGCUUGUAACACGAGGAGCCGAGAUCAUCGAGGUGCCCAUCCCGGACCUAGAACUCCUCCGAGUCGCACACAGCGAUACGAUCGCGUGCGAGAUGCUUGCUUCGACGAGCGGAUUCCCUCGUAGUGGGUUCUCGUAUCCUACACGAACGGGGUUGGCGGUGUUUGAGUCGCAGCUGACUUCGACUGACUACAUCCAAGCCGCGCGCGCCAAAACGCGCGGCAUCGCCUCCCUCCGCGAGAUCUUUGCGAAAGUGGACGUGAUCGCAACGCCGUCGACGGGGAUCACCGCGCCGUACAUCCCGCCCGCCGUCGUCAAAGCCGCUGCUGGGUUCAGCGAUUAUACGACGAGUGGGAAGGCUAUGCGGUUUAUUUUCAUUGCAAACCUGCUCGGCAUCCCCGCCGUCACCGUCCCCGUUGGAUACGGCCCGGCCGAUCCGCGAGGCGACUCCAGCGCCGAAUUGCCUAUUGGGUUGCAGUUCCAGGCUAAAUGGUGGGACGAAGCAACCCUCCUCCGCCUCGCGCACGCCUGCGAGGACGCGCUCGGCGCCAAACGCCGCGCCCCGAAGGUUUUGUAUGAUCUGCUGGCGGGUACGGAGAAGGGAAAGUUGGCGGUGGCGGGUGCUGAGGCCGUUGUUGCUUGA